GUUCAAAUUUUGUAUCACUGGAAAUUUUAUUAUUUACUUUUACUUGAAUGUUACGAUUUUCCCCCCCUUCAGUCCGAUAAUAUCACUGAGUGAACAAGUAGUAUGUGUGAGAUUUUUGAUCAAUCCUGAGGAAAUUAGAAAUCCUAAGGUUGGCAACUUUUCGACUGAACAUGAUCCGACCGACAGUAUACUUAUCGCUGUUUAAGCUGUUUGAUGAGGACACGCUCCGACUCCGAGUGUAAUUUAUCGGGUACCGACCUGGCUGGCCUCUUCUCUCUCUCGUCUGUCAAAGUCCUGUGCUCGUUUCUAACUCCCGACCUCGACUCUCCUCUUCUCUCUCGAUCGCAGGGUUUGGUGAUUUUGAUGGAUUCUUAGCUAAAUCGGGCAAGGAGAGCUUCUCUCAUCCCAAAGGAGACCCUCAAUUAUCUGCAUCUCAAAGGAACUUCAGCAAAAAGUUAGUGGUAUUAUGAGGUUUGGAAACUGAAACACGUGACAACAGGAUAAAUCAUAUUUACUGGUUAUUGUCACUACUGAAAGGAGUCUUAUGAUGUGAAUGGGUUAGUUGCUAUUUUCCACCAAGAUGUAAUCCUUGCAAUGCACUUCGAAGUUGCAUUUGAAGUUAUGGAGACAAUGGUGGGGAUAUUCCCCUUUUUGAGGCAUGAGUUGUCUGUGCAAGAACUUGGAUGGGACAACUGUAAGGAAGGAAUAUGUUUGAACUGAUUAGAUGAUGGUCAAAGUGAUAUGUACUAGAAGAAAAAGGACAAUGAAGAAGAAGACGUUCACUUCACAUAAUAUUUGAGGCAACUGAUGAUCAUUUACUGUGCAGAUACACCAGUUAAGCUUGUGCAUUCCUGAUUUGCAUUCUAAGCACAAGAUUAUCUCUCAAAUUCAAGCAGUUUCUGUAAUCUUGUGGUGUACUGAUCUAUGUAACAAAGUAGUUGAGCCACCAAAACUCCCGUCCCUUAGAACUGAUGAAUGGCGCUUCAACAUCAAGGAACAACAUUUUGGCAGCACUCUCCUAUUGUGUGCAGCAAGUUCGUAGCUAUGACUACCACCAUUACCUCUGCCUCCUCCACCUCCCACCAUCCAUUCGAAGUGCUGCAUUUGCCCUUCGCUCUUUUAAUGUUGAAACUUCCAGGGCCAUGGAUGUUGCAUCUGAUCCUAAGAUUGGCCUCAUGCGCCUACUCUGGUGGCAGGAUGCAAUCGAUAAGAUCUUUGCCAACAAGCUAAUAGAGCACCCCACAGCAAUGGCCCUCUCUUCUGUUAUUGCAAAACACAAGAUCAGCAAAAGCUGGCUUAAAAGAUCUGUUGAGGCUCGCAUAAAUGAUGCAAGACGAGAAGAGACUUCCAUCCUUGGCACAAUUGGGGAUCUAGAGAGGUACUCAGAAGACACACUGUCUACUAUUCUUUACAUGACUCUUCAGGCUGGAGGGAUUCACUCUGCUGCAGCAGAUCACGCUGCUUCUCAUAUCGGGAAGGCAACUGGGCUCUUGUUGCUGCUAAAAUCUCUUCCUUAUCAUCUUAACCGAGCUGGGAGAAUUACAUAUAUUCCGGAAGAAGUUGCAUCGAAGCAUGGAUUGUUGGUUGUUCGUGGUGACGGUAGCUCAGAGAUCAAGAUGGAAUCUGAUGAGGGGCUGUCACAAGUGGUGUUUGAGGUGGCAUCUGUGGCCAAUGCUCAUUUGGAGAAAGCUCGGCGAUUAUAUCCAACUGUUCCUUCCGAGGCUGUUCCUGCACUGCUUCCUGCAGUGCCAGCACAAGUUCUCUUGGAUUCUCUUCGAAGGUAUGAUUUCAAUGUGUUUGAUUCAAGGUUGGCUAGAGGUAUUCUUGGCAUCUCUCCUUUGUGGUUUCAGAUGAAGCUGCAAUGGCACGCAUGGAGAAAUAAAUAUUGACUUCAUCCUCAUGUUGUUGUGUAGUUUCUCCACUAUGUAUCUGGAUUUACUUCUCACCAGAAUUAAGUUAUCUGAUGGUGUUGAGUAGGAAGAUAUAUUUUGUCAAAGCUAAUUAUAUCGUUUAAAUUUAUUAGUUUGGCAACUAUGAGGAAGGGUGCAAAGGAUUGUAAACUAUUGUCACAUAAUUAAUUAAAUUGUGUCAUAUUGAAGAAUUAUCCUAGAGAAUUGCUGAGGAACACGAUGAUCUCUUUAAUAAAGGUCCCUUUUUGGUGUGUA